GGGGCCGGGGGGGGGGGCGGCGGCGGCGGGGGGGGCGACGACAACGUCCACUUCCCGAGUUACCCCUUCGACUUCCUGGAGUUCCUGAACCACCAACGCUUCGAGCCCAUGGAGCCCUACGGCCACGAGCACCCCAAAGCCCUGCCCGGGCUCCCCUGCGCUCAGCCCCCCUUCGACUACCCGCCCCCCCCCGGAGCCCCCCCCUUCGACCGGCCUCCCCCCAAACCCAAGGCUGAAGGUGCCGCUUCCUCCUCAUCAUCCUCCUCCUCCUCCCAGCCCAAGAAACCCCCCCAUACCCCCCCCGCCCGUCCCCCCCCACCGCAACCCCUCUUCGAGGCCACCAGCGCCUUCAACGCCCCGCAAUGGGGCAUCGUGGACCUGUCGAGCCACCACCAGCACCUCUUCGGGGGGCUGAAGCGUGGGGCGCCGGUGACAACGGUGACAACGGGGACCCCCCCGGUGCCUGCGGCCCCCCCGGACGCGGGGGUCAAGGAGGAGAAGGGUUAUUUCCGCCGCCUCAAGUACCUGAUGGAGCGGCGCUUCCCGUGCGCCGUGUGCCACAAGGCCUUCAAGCAGUCGUCGCACCUGGUGCAGCACAUGCUGGUGCACAGCGGCGAGCGGCCCUACGAGUGCGGCACCUGCGGCCGCGCCUACAACCACGUCUCCAGCCUCAUCCGCCACCGGCGCUGCCACAAGGAGCCCGGCGAGGCCGGCGCCGGCGCCGGCGCCACCGCCGUGGGGCUGGUCACAGCGGCCGGGGUCAACGUGGCGCCCAACGGGGUCAAUGUGGCACCCAACGGGGUCAAUGUGGCACCCAACGGGGUCAACGUGGCGCCCAACGGGGUCAACGUGGCACCCAACGGGGUCAACGUGGCACCCAAUGGGGUCAACGUCACACCCAAUGGGGUCAACGUUGCACCCAACACGGUCAAUGUGGCACCCAAUGGGGUCAACGUCGCACCCAACGGGGUCAACGUUGCACCCAACGCGGUUAAUGUGGCACCCAACGGGGUCAAUGUUGCACCCAACGGGGUCAACGUUGCACCCAACGCGGUCAAUGUGGCACCCAACGCGGUCAAUGUGGCACCCAAUGGAGUCAACGCAGCCAAUGGGGUCAAUGUAGCACCCAACGCAGUCAACGCGGCGCCCACUGAGGUCACCGCAGCACCCACCGGCGUCAACGCACCCAAUGGGGUGAACCCGUUGGCAAGCGGAGUGGCGGUGGCGCCCAGCAGGGUCAACGUGGUGCCCGCCGAGGGCAACGCGGCGCCCAACGGAGUCAGCGCCUUGGGUGUCGGGGUCACCGCGGCACCCAAUGGGGUCAACCCAUUGAGCGGCGUCAACGCGGCGCCCAAUAGAGUCAACCCGUUGGUGAGCACAAUCAACGUGGCACCCAACGGGGUCAACGUGGCACCCAAUGGAGUCAACGUGGCGCCCGCCGGCUCCACCGCGGCGCCCCCCAGACUCAACCCGUUGCCGAGCGGGGUCACCCUGGGCCCGGGCGGCCUCAUCCCCGCUGCCGGUGGCCUCAUCCUGGCCCCGGGCGCGCUGCUGCCGGCGCCGGUGAGCGUGGCGUUGGCUCCGGGCGCGGCGGCUCCGAGCGGCUCCGCUUCGGACGGGCCCUUCACGUGCUCCUUGUGCUGGAAAGUCUUCAAGAAGCCGAGUCACCUCCACCAGCACCAGAUCAUCCACACGGGCGAGAAGCCCUUUACCUGCUCCGUGUGCUCCAAGAGCUUCAACCGCCGCGAGAGCCUCACGCGCCACGUGAAGACGCACUCGGGGCUGCUCCGCGUUCCCUGCGCCGUGUGCGGGAAGGAAUUCCGGGACCCGGCUUACCUGCUGCGGCACCAAGCGGCGGCGCACGGCGCCCAGCGCCCUCCCGCUUACGCCUGCGACGUGUGCGGCAAAGCCUACGCGGCGCCGCAGAGCCUCCUGCGGCACCGGCAGCUCCACGCCGCUUAUCCCGCCCUUCCCAAAGCGUUCCCGGGGGAAGGGAAGGCGGGGACGGGCGGGAAGAGCUUCAGCUGCGGGAUCUGCGGCCGCUGCUUCGGCCGCCGGGAGACGCUGAAGCGCCACGAGCGCAUCCACACGGGCGAGAAGCCGCAUCAAUGCGCCGUGUGCGGGAAGCGCUUCCGCGAGUCCUUCCACCUGAGCAAGCACCACGUCGUGCACACGCGCGAGCGGCCCUACAAGUGCGAGCUGUGCGGGAAGGCUUUCGGCUACCCGCAGAGCCUCACGCGCCACAAACAGAUCCACCGGCUCCCGCUUCCCACCGGGAAUACCGACGGGCUCAGCUAUGGCUGCGCCGAGUGUGGGGAGCGCUUCCCGGACCUGCUGCGCGCCGUGGGGCACAAGGAGGCGCACGCCCAGGACAAGCCGUUCGGCUGCGACGCCUGCGGGAAAGCUUUCGGCUUCUUGGAGAACCUCAUGUGGCACAAACUGAGCCACCAACCGGCACCGGAGCGGCUGCUCCCGGCGGCCCCGGAGCCCCCGGAGCCGCCGCCGGUGGUGCCGAGCUCCGAGCGCUUCUCCUGCGGGACGUGCGGGCGCAGCUUCCGCCGCUUCUUAGCGCUGGUGACCCACAAAUACCGGCACCUCCCGGCGCCGCAGCGGCCGCCACCGGCUUGCUCCGAAUGCGGCCGCCGCUUCCCGGGCGCGUACGAGCUGCUGCGGCACCGGCGGCGCCACCGGAGCCGUUGCCGUUCGUGCGGGCGGCGCUUUUGGGCCGCGGCGCUGCUGCGGCGGCACCGGCGGCGCUGCCCCGGCGAGGAGCGGCCGCUGCGCUGCGGCGCUUGCGGGCGGCGCUUCCGCCACCGCUGGGCCCUGCGGCGCCACCGCCUCGUCCACGCCGGCGCCCGCGCCUUUAAGUGCGCCCGGUGCCGGCGCCGCUUCGCGGGGCCCGCGGCGCUGAGCGAGCACCAGCGCGUGCACGGCGCCGGCGGGAGGCUGCGGCGGUGCCGCGCCUGCGGCAGCACCUUCCGCUACCGGCGCAACCUGCUGGAGCACCGGCGCGGCCACCACGGCGCCUACGGCUGCGAGCGCUGCGGCAAGAGCUUUUUCCACCUCGCCUGCGCCCUCGGGCACCGCAGCUGCCGCCGCCGCCGGCUCCGCGCCGGGCCCCGGCGGCGCCGCGAUGGGGCGGGGGGGAAGGGGGGCAGCGGGGGGGGGGGAUGCGGAGGGGUGAGGGGGGGGGGAAGGGGAAAAGGGGGGUGGGGGUGGGGAGGGGGAAGGGGGGGAGGGGGUGGCGCGGUGUGAUGUGGGGUCCGUGUGUUGUACGGGGCUGUCAUGGGCUAACGCGGCUCGGCACAGGCUGCCGUGUGUGAGACAUGGGCUGUCAUGUGUGAUACAUGGCUCGUCAUGGGGUGUCAUGUGUGAUACACGGGCUGCCAUGGGCUAACAUGGGUGGCUGCUGUAGUACAUGGGCUGACAUGGCUCGGCACGGGCUGUCAGGUGUGAUACGUGGACUGUCAUGGGCUAACAUGGCUCAGCACAGGCUGUCAUAUGUGAUACACAGGCUGUCGUGUGAUACAUGGCUCAUCAUGGACUGUCAUGUGCGAUACAUGGCUCGUCAUGGGCUGUCAUGUGUGAUACAUGGGCCGUCAUGGGCUAACAUGGCUCAGCACAGGCUGUCAUGGGCAAUACAUGACUCGUCAUGGGCUGUCAUAUGUGAUACACGGCUUGUCAUGGGCUGUCAGGUGUGAUACACGGGCUGUCGUGGGCUAACAUGGCUCGUCACAGGCUGUCAUGUGUGAUACAUGGCUCGUCAUGAACUGUUAUGUGUGAUGCACAGGCGGUCAUGUGUGACACAUGGCUCGUCAUGGACUAUCAUGUGCGAUACAUGGCUCGUCACAGGCUGUCAUGGUCCAACAUGGCCCAGCCCGGCUCCUCAUGGCCCGUCACCGUGCGGACCCGGCACAAGGCGACGGGACUUGGCACAGCUCAACAUGCGCCAACACGGCUCAACAUGCCCCAACACGGCUCAACACGGUUCAACAUGGCUGAACACGGCUCAACAUGCGCCAACACGCGUGUUCGCGGUGGGGCUGAGCCCGGGCCCAGCUCAGCGCAGCGAUGGGCAGCGCCGGCGCCAUUAAACUGCUGAGACCCCAA